AGAAGACAUUAGCCUACGUCACAUCCGGAAUUUCUUCGUAGAUACGGACUAGGAAAGAAAAGGUCGUGUGGAAGCAACACAGGCUACAAGACAUCAGCGCGUCGAAAAAUCACGGUAGAUCGAAKGGAUUUGUUUCACUAAAAACGCUUAAUCGGCAAAAGUUCUAAAAAUGCCCGCUCUGAACAUCAGUCCCGACAUUGCUUACUUGAAGACCCCGCAAGCAAUACUGAAGAUCGUUCAAAUUGUCACAUUGCUGAUUGCUUUUUCUUGCAUCACGGAUUGCUGCGAUGGAGGGAAACCUUACGCUCUUUCCUUCUUGUACACCAACUUCGGACGAGGACAAGGGACAGUAUUAGACUAUUCUGAUCAUAUUAGGAAUACAUCUUUCUUCCUGGCCGUCACCAUUUUUGGCUGGCUGCUUGUCGUCUUCUUGUUUGUCUUUUUCUUUUUCAAACUUCACGAGAGGUUCAAACAAAUCAAGUGGGAAAUGGUGGUAAUGAUCAUCAGUAUUGUGUGGUCUGUGUUGCUCUUACUGAGCUGUUCACUCAUGGGGAACAUCUCCAGCACAGUCUUUCCCUUACGACCCACGGAAUCUUCAAGCGAUGACGGUGAUACUCCAGGUGGAGUUAACUUUUUGAAAAAAUACGUGGAUACAUUGGUCGCUGGCGUGGUUUUUGGUUUCUUUGCUACGAUUGCUUUCAUCGUCGACGCUGCCUUGCAUUUCUGGCAAUUUUGGUCCAAAAGGAGAUCUGGUAACAACGGUUCCACCGACAACCCAGCCGUAACCAAGGUAGCAGAGAAUCCUGGGCCGUCGACGAUGCAAAACCAGACACAACAACAGGUCCCUCCAGUACAGACACUUGGAGCUCCGCCUAGAUACGAUGCACUAACCAAUCUCCCGGGACAGAUACCAAAUACUGCGGGACAGAUGCCAAAUACUGCGGGACAGAUGCCAAAUACCGCGGGACAGAUGCCAAAUACCGCGGGACAGACCGCCCUAAACCCUGCAGGACAGACAGUGGUCAUGUAUCCUCCAGGACAACAAUAUCAAGCCGCUUCGGGACAGCCAGCGCAAAUGUGGCAAGUGGCCUAAUGUAGGCAAGCAGAUACUAGUAGCUGGUUGAUAAACUUACUAGUAAAGUGAAUCGUCAUUUAACAGGAUUUAAGGUAGCUAAGUGUAGCUGUAUUCUUCGGCAUCAGUAGUAAGUACACAACAAGUCACAAGGCAUAAUAGAAGCCUCCCAACUCACGUCACUUCAACACUGCAAGGACGUACGGUUGUCCGUUGCACUGCAGUGGAACACUGUUUUGGUAUUGAUGGUUUUCACGACGACCAUGUUGGAGGAACUUAACAAAAGAAUUGUCAAUGAAUUAUUUUGUUAUUUCCUCCAACAUGGGCACCGUGUCUUUUGUUAUUUAAUUCUCUUGGGAGUGGUUGAAAACCAUCAAUUACGAUGCCCCUCCCUACCCCGGUAGAGGGGGGACUAUACGAUAGAGCUUUUAAGUUGUGGCGUAUUUCCGGGUUCAACUGCUCACAAAAACCUCUAAAAUAAAGCGAAAAAUGUUGUCAAUGAAUUAACCUUCACCUAAAACAAUUAGAACUUUGGACAACAAAUCCUGUAAUGAGUAAAAACCCGGAAGUCGUUUGGACCGGAAGUCGUUUGGACCCGGAAAGUCGUUUUCCAUACGAUUGACGUCACACUUACUGUAAAAACUCUAUUGUAAAGGCGCAAUUACGAGCAGCAAUUUUCUCUGCAACUUGUUUUGCAACACAAGUUGCAUGGACUCAUUGCAGCGUGUAACCUACAUCUUAAUUUGAAAAAUGUUGCGAGACAAGUUGCAGCAAUCACUGCGAAAAGUGUAAUCUCGCCUUAAAAGGGUGGGGAUGCUCGUCGUGUGAUACCUCUAAGGGUGCCACAUUGAAUUAAAAGGACAAGCAGAGAGUAAGCCAGUACCUCUUAGGGUAUUUGUCAGGAAUUAUAUGAUUAGAUACCUAAGAUUAUAUUAAUGACUUGUCAAUUAGACAWUGGAUAGUUCAGGACUCUUAAAAAUAUCUUAAUGGCAAUGUGCGGGCUAAGCCUCGAAUCUAGGAGUUGCUUGUCUACUUUUGUUUUGAUAUUUUGGCAAGAGUYGUGAAUUGAUAUCUUUUGGGGGUAAAAAUCAUUAGUUGCCACACCCACCUGGACAAGACUCGGGUACCUUUUAGGGGUCAUUUUCAAAAUUUGCGACKAGUCCCCCUCCCCGGGGACCCUCCCUCAUGGAACCGCUCAAUUUGGCUUCCUUUUUUUCCAACUCCUUUCGUCCCUUGCCUUUGUGAUUGUCUAACAAGGUCAUCUCCUGUUAUAGGAAGGAGAUCCGAGGCUGAUCCAUGCAGGUGAUAGAAUCAUUAAUAAUAUGAUUUAGCGAUAAGUGCACGUUGUUGUUUGAAUCCUUAUGCGAGGAAAUCAGUACUGCAAAACAAACCGUUUUCAGGUUAGGUUAGGGAGGGUGAUAGCAUUUUCGUAAGAACAAACAACAAAGAAUAUAUGAUAGGAAAAUUAGUAGCAGUGCCAUAUUUUACUCAGGGGUGGAUCCAGGGGAGGGUUGCAGGGGGUGCGCACCCCUCCCUGGUUCCACUUUGUGCCCCUACUUCGAAGAUAACCAAUACUGAUUUUUCCCUUUGAUUCUAAGUUGUGCACCUCUCCCUGGGUUAACUUUGUGUGCAGCACCCCUCCCUGAACAAAAUCCUGGAUCCGCCCCUGAACAYUGUGAACAUAAAGGAUUCAAGAUUGCAAUGCAAGUAUGCUUUAUAGCCAUCAUGCUUAUUUUCCUGCCCCCUCUCCUCCCCCUUGAGGAGAAAACAUUUUCUCCCUAGGGGUGGAGGGAGAGGGGAACUCUGCCUACAGUUUAAUAUACUUUGGAUUUUUUAGAGUUAUCAUGAUUACAAAAUCCAGAUUUGUCAAUAAUAGCAAUUUGGAUUGUCUAUGGUUGAGCUAGUAUUUACAGCUUUUCUAGGCUCUGUUCAUUAAUACAGCUUGCUUACAGUAGCCUGCUUAGCAGCCCAGUGGGGUGGGGGCAGAAGGAACAAUGAGCACCCAUCCUCCUAUAUUUUCCUAUACUUAUAGACAUGUGAUGUCAAAGUAGCUCAAUUUGGAGGACAAAACAAAAGAAUUUCAAUCUCCUGAGAAUUGGAAACCUAUUGUUAUAUCCUCCAAAUUAAGCUUCAUUCUAGAUCCGACGUGCUGCAAGGGGUCUAUUAGGCUGCUAUGCAGGCUAGCUGAAAGUGACAAAAGCAUGAAAGAAAURUCAUGGAUGAGAAUGACAUUGCUAUGGGCAAGUGCUUCUCUUUUUUUUUGUAGCUUGAAAAAGAACCCCAUUUUAUUYGUUUUAGAAAUAAGAGAUGUGAUUAUAAUGUUGUAGGUUUUAAAUGMUGUUUUCUUUCACAAAGUCAUCUGCACAUGCAUAGAUGCUUAAGUACAGUUCUCAACCAACAGUUCUUGACCAAUCAGAGUGUACAUAGCAAGGUAACUUAUAGAAUAAUAAAAUGAGGUGAYCUUUUUA